AACUGUGAUGUGAACUCUCUUGACGCGGAGAUGUUAAAAGUACGUGCGAGCCAUAAAAAGAGUUAAAGGGGGUUAAGAAGUAACACAUCACUACUAACAGAUACCACUCUACGGCCCGUUCUCUAAAAUCUGGAGUCUUAGACGCUCAAUAAUGUACUACUACAAACACAGCUGUGACAACAAUAACAAAAAAAAAAACACGACAUCACGAAGUAAGCAACAACGUAAUACAGAAACCUUACUUCAUGAAAUAGAAGGUUCUAAAAAAUUUGACACCCGCGACACAAAAAACCCGAACACAUGGGGUAAUGAAAAAUGAAAUUAAAUUAAAAUCAUCCGAGGGUGGGACGGGCGGGCUGGGGUGUGGGGGGGGGGAGGGGAUAUCAUUCUAGACAAUUUGUAAACUAAGUAUUUCAAUUCGCAUUAUCGCAAAUGCACAUUUCUUUUAGUGUUAAAUUAUAAAGCUUUUCAAUGCACAUUUCUUUUAGUGUUAGAUUACAAAGCAUUUAAAUGCACAUUUCUUUUAGUGUUAUAUUACAAAGCUUUUCAAUGCACAUUUCUUUUAGUGUGAGAUUACAAAGCAUUUCAAUGCACAUUUCUUUUAGUGUUAGAUUACAAAGCAUUUCAGUGCACAUUUCUUUUAGUGUUAGAUUACAAAGCAUUUCAGUGCACAUUUCUUUUAGUGUGAGAUUACAAAGCAUUUCAAUGCACAUUUCUUUUAGUGUUAGAUUACAAAGCAUUUCAGUGCACAUUUCUUUUAGUGUUAGAUUACAAAGCAUUUCAGUGCACAUUUCUUUUAGUGUGAGAUUACAAAGCAUUUCAAUGCACAUUUCUUUUAGUGUUAGAUUACAAAGCAUUUCAGUGCACAUUUCUUUUAGUGUUAGAUUACAAAGCAUUUCAGUGCACAUUUCUUUUAGUGUUAGAUUACAAACCAUUUCAAUGCACAUUUCUUUUAGUGUUAGAUUACAAAGCAUUUUAAUACACAUUUCUUUUAGUGUUAGAUUACAAAGCAUUUCAGUGCACAUUUCUUUUAGUGUUAGAUUACAAACCAUUUCAAUGCACAUUUCUUUUAGUGAUAGAUUACAAAGCAUUUCAAUGCACAUUUCUUUUAGUGUUAGAUUACAAACCAUUUCAAUGCACAUUACUUUCAGUGUUAAAUUAUAAAGCAUUUCAAUGCAUAUUUUUUUAGACAAUUUGUAAACUACGUAUUUCAAUUCGCAUUAUCGCAAGUUCACAUUUCUUUUAGUGAUAGAUUAAAAAGCAUUUCAAUGCACAUUUCUUUUAGUGUUAGAAUACAAAGCAUUUUAAUACACAUUUCUUUUAGUGUUAGAUUACAAAUCAUUUCAAUGCACAUUUCUUUUAGUGUUAGAUUACAAAGCAUUUUAAUACACAUUUCUUUUAGUGUUAGAUUACAAACCAUUUCAAUGCACAUUUCUUUUAGUGUUAGAUUACAAAGCAUUUUAAUACACAUUUCUUUUAGUGUUAGAUUACAAACCAUUUCAAUGCACAAAUUUUUAGUGAUAGAUUACAAAGCAUUUUAAUACACAUUUCUUUUAGUGUUAGAUUACAAACCAUUUCAAUGCACAUUUCUUUCAUUGUUAAAUUAUAAAGCAUUUCAAUGCAAAUUUCUUUUAGUGUUAGAUUACAAAGCAUUUCAAUGCACAUUUAUUUUAGUGUUAGAUUACAAAGCAUUUCAGUGCACAUUUCUUUUAGUGUUAGAUUACAAAGCAUUUCAAUGCACAUUUAUUUUAGUGUUAAAUUACAAAGCAUUCAAUGCACUUUAUCGUCAAGUAUAAAGUUUUUUAACAUUUAUUUUCUUCAGCAACUUCAUAUGAAGAAGAGCCCAUCAAGUUUGGAUUACUUCAAGUGUAUUUAUCCUAUUUAUCGAGACUACAAUAUACGUCAUCGAGGUAAAGUAUAAAUACUGCAAGUAGAGUUCAACCUAUUUCAAAACAAGACGUGGUUUUUAAAUCCAUUAUAUUUAACUUAGCUUAUGUUCGUGCGUGGCUUGCAAAAAUCUUCGGCUGACUAAUUGACCCACUUCACGUCAACAUAUCGGGCUGAAGUUCGGCACAUAGACUCGUUGCACAUGGCAACAUUUUUUUCUUUUACAAUUUUCAUCCCCAACCCCCCCCCCCCCAGUAAAAAAAAUAGAGUGCUCCUGUUUUUCCAGGGCAAGAUGAAGGAAAAUGAUGUCACGAAAUAAAAUACCCGAUAGCUGCGCUAAAUUAGAUUUUUUUUUUUAAAAUAUCGCCCUUGCGUUUGCUACGUAAUAUUUUAGUUUUUUUAAAUAAAAUUGUUGGUGAAAUAAUUCUGCAUAGUAAAAGCUGGCGGGCUAUUAUAAUUUUAAUUUAGUUCAGGGGCGUGAAAAAAAAAUGUGCGGUUGCAAGCCUUGGGAAAAAAAAAGCACUGAUUGGGAUUCUUUGCAAGUGAGUUACUUGCUUGCACGUCUUAUCAAAUUUACGGCCCCACUCCAAUCGCCCAAUAUCAUAUUUUAUAAAGGAUUUAUACGAAAAAAAACCUCUUUUUUGGGGGUUUGUUUAGUUAUACCAAUAUUGACGGGGAGUUGUCCCAUUAAAAAUCUAAAAUUUUGCUGUUUUCAAGAGUUUUAUCGUUAUCAUUCUUAACAUUUUCUCAGAUUUUAUUAGAAAAUUACCGACGUGUCUACCGUUACUGGCAUCUAAAUGUCAGCAGGCCAAGGUGACAUCUGUCAAAGUCAUUGACGUGAACAUGAGGCAGGCCCACGUCAUGAUGGCGACCGACGACAAGGUUAAAAUCAUCCAUCUCAUCCGAGACCCUCGCGGCGUCCUCAACUCGAGGCAGGUGUUCGGCGUCCCGGAGUCGCGAGACCCGGACUACGUCACGCAGUUCUGUGCGCGCGUCCACGAAGAUGUCACAGCGUCAAAAACACUUUCCCGGCUGUUCCCGGGACGAAUACUGACGGUCCGGUACGAGGACAUCGUCCGGUCACCGAUCGCGGUCACGGAACAACUCUACGCCUUCGUCGGGAUAGACCCGACCUCGGGCAUCAAGGACAAGAUUUGGGAAAUGACGUACGGCGGCCUACCGGACGGCUGCAACGUGUGCCCGACGAGACAGAACGCCACGGAGACGGCAAACAGGUGGAGGGGGACGCUGAAGUUUGAAACGGUGGCCGUGAUCCAAGAAGGGUGUCGGGAGCUUUUGGCCACCAUGGGGUACAGGAGCUUUGUGACCGGAGAAGAGCAGUUGAACAAUCACAUCCAUUCGACACGGGAUGACUAUGACCGUGAUUUGAUGAAGAUCAAUUUAGGAAGAUGAUGUUAGCAGAUGAUGGAAGGAAGAAGCUGUUGUUGAAGCAAGAUGGUG